AUGCCGGAUGCAGCGUUUGAGCCCGCGGUGGUGCUAGAGCAAGCCGUGCAGCAGGUGGACGCCAGUGGAAAGGUUAGCGCACGACCACGACCAGGGUUCGUCACUCCUCCAAGACGUCGUGGCAGUGGGCAGUGGAAUGGACGCAACCCUGAACAAUUUGUUAUUUCUUGUUGCGCAGUCAGAGAAAAGAAGGGCAGCUGCACUGGUUUCUUCACGGAGGCAACAGUCUGGCAGGCGAAAGCAGGUAGCGCGGAGCUGAUUUCGAUUGCCUGGUGUCACAGCUGGGUGGUCAUUAAGGGCCUAGUCAAGCCUCACUACUGUGGGACCCUACCUCCGUUGCCCUGCUGUGUCGCCCACCGCACCCUGUCAUCAGCUCCUAGGAGGAUUGACCGACAUUGCAAUUCUCUGCAAUUCUUUGUAAACUGUAUAAUCACGAAAGCUUCCUCGAGCACGUCUCGCAUUUGCAGCAGGCUUGCCUGGCGCUUGAAGCUCGAGGUCGUGAGGUUUCACUUGGGCACGGCGUCCAAUCCGAAAGAAACACUUGCCAGAGCACGACCACAAGACGCCCAGUAUGUGCGCACCCUUCCAUCGCCAUGGCGCCAUUCAGCCCACUGCAUGCUGGCCCGCUAG